AUGAGCGAAGAAAGUAAUUUCACAGGUAUUCAUCCCUCUUCGAAUGAGAAGUUAGGCUAUAAUGCCGAUAACUCGAUCUAUCAAGAAAAUGAUUAUAUAAAUCAUUACACCACCGUUUUCCACGUCCACAUGCCUGAACUUGGUCGAUUUUACGUGCCUGCGAUUCUCGGAAGUUGUGAAUCUUUAGGCGAAUGGAAUAAAAAAAACCCCAAAGUAUUUCUUAGAAAUGUAAAUAAUUCAACUCUUUGGGUAUCCGAUCCAGUCUUA